AUGGCACUGCUCACCCAUCUCCUCGCCUGCGUCUUCGGCACGGGCUCCUGGGUGGCCAUCAACGGGCUGUGGGUCGAGCUGCCGCUGCUGGUGUCGGUGCUGCCGGAGCAGUGGGACCUGCCCUCCUACAUCACCAUCAUCAUCCAGAUGGCCAACGUGGGGCCGCUCUUCAUCACCCUCAUGCACCGCUUUCGGCCCGGCUUGCUGAAGGAGGUGGCUGUUAUCUACGUCAUCGUGUCCGUGGGUGUCAUGGCCUGCUUGCUCCUGGCCUUCCUCUGGAACUACACGUCCCCCAUCGCCGGGAGGCCCCACAGCACGGCCUUCCUGCUCCUCACCUUCUUCCUGGCCCUGGUGGACUGCACCUCCUCCGUCACCUUCCUGCCCUUCAUGAUGCAGCUGCAGCCCCAGUACCUGACCACCUUCUUCAUAGGCGAAGGGCUCAGCGGCCUGAUCCCCGCUCUCAUCGCCCUGGGACAGGGCUCCGGCGUCUCCAGCUGUGCCAACGUCACCCGCGUGGUCAACGUCACCAUCGGCAACGAGACCGUGGAGAGCACCGUCUUCCAGCUGGAGACCCGCUACCUCCCGGCCAACUUCUCCACCCUCCUCUUCUUCCUUCUCAUGACUGUAAUGAUGCUGGCCUGCUUGCUGGCCUUCUUCUUCCUCACCAGGCAGCCCAAGGUGUGGGAGCUCUCCCAGCAGCAGCUGUUUCCCAGCAACAUCAUACUGAACUCAUUUGACCAGCUCCCCGACGAGGGAGCUGACUCGCAGCUGAGCGGAGGCUGCCCAUGCCCGAAGGAUGCCAAGGGACCCGGGGACAUCCUGCCGGAGAAGGUCUCCUACCCCCUGCCCAAGCUCACCUUCAUCUAUCUCCUCAUCGCUUGGGUGAGCAGUCUGACGAACGGGGUCCUGCCGUCCGUGCAGUCCUACUCCUGCCUGCCCUACGGCAACACCGCCUACCACCUCGUGGCCACGCUCAGCUCCAUGGCCAACCCCCUCGCCUGCAUCGUGGCCAUGGUCCUGCCCAACAGGUCCCUGGCCCUGCUGGGCACCCUCACCAUGGCGGGGACGGGCUUUGGCGCCUACAACAUGGCCAUCGCGGUGAUGAGUCCCUGCCCGCUCCUCCAGCAGUCCCAGUGGGGCGAUGCCAUCAUC